CACUGGGGUGUGUGUUCGGACGCGGGUCAAAUGAGACCACUUUGCAAAUUCAAUGUUCAAUUGAAUUAGUAUAGCUUUGCACUCCGUCGGAAUCGUACGUUCAUCCUGUGACCACAACAUCUCCGUUGUGUCACAAGUUCUCAAUGAUUUAGUCCAUUAUUGAAAUUGAAAUCGACAGCUUGAUUCAAUUCUCUUUCUGCAUUCGAAAAUUCAAUUUGAAUUUAAUUUUCAGUGACAUCGACAAAAAAACUUGCGUUACGAAUUAUUCAAGGAACAUUUCUAAAGACUGUGCUAUCCGUAAUUCGACUUGCGACUUCGAACAGCUCGGAUGUUUUCUAAUUUCGAAUUUUAAUUACGAAGGGGGAUUCGUAAAAACGACUUUUUGGGGAAGUGGAUUUAGUGCGUCAAGAUUUCGUCGAUAAUAUCGUUUGGUUCCGCGUGGAAUUGGACGGGUGAUGUAGUGUCGUACGAGGACUGGGCCGAGUGGUCUGGCUGGGAGUUGUCGGAGUGGGGCCUGUGGGGGUGGUCGGCCAACAUGGAGGCGAUGGUGGCGGUGUGGACGAUGGUGGAGCAUGUCAGGGUGGCCAGCGGAGCCGCCGAGCUCGCCAUCUUCACCGCUCUACUGUAUUGGUUCUUUACCUCCAGCCGCGUAGCCGACAUGCUGGAAGUGGUCGGUGAGCGCGUGACGGGGUGGUGCGGGCGCGACUCGAGCGGCUCGCUCCGUCAGGCGGUGCGCGCGCGCAGACGCCCCAGACACGACGUCUACGCCAAAGUUGACGCUGAGCGCACGACCCGUACCACGUCGCUGUACCGAGUCAAGGAAGGUCCUGUGGUGCCAGCGCCGCAGCCGGUUACGAGACCUCCAGCGGGGCUCGCCUGCGCCAGGUGUGCACCGCUAUCCAGGGAGUCAUGGCAGGACCCGAAGACACCGGACACGGGGUCCGUGAUCAACAUCCUGGACAUCGGCAGACAGACAUUCGCCAACGGCGGCGUGGUGUCCAGGUACCUGUGUGAUCUGGCGCAAUGCCUCAACCUCAUCAAGUACGACUACAAGGAUAUUGUCCCAGAGGUGGUAAAAGACGAACGGUUUCAAAAGGCGAUAGAAGAAACAACCCAGGAGGAGCUGAGGAAGGCGGCGCAGACUGAAGAGGGUGGCGGGGAAGCGGGGAGUGCGGCGCGGUACCCGGCUGUGAGGCAGAGAGUGCAGGCGCGCGCCAUGCGGGUGCUGCGCGACAUCAGCUCGGCGAUGUCCAACAACGUGCUCAAACUGGUCGCGUGGUUGUGCCACAAGGCGAUCCGCCGCGUGGCGGGCGGCGGCUGCGGCACCCGCAGCGCCUGCAUCGAGCGCCUCCGCCGCGCCAAGGCCGCGGGCCUCCCGCUCGUGUUCGUGCCUCUGCACCGCUCGCACUUCGACUACAUACUGGUGACGUUCACGUUGUACCUCACCGGGCUCAGACCGCCGCUGGUGGCCGCCGGAGACAACAUGCGGAUACCUUUCUUUGGUUGGUUCCUGCGCGGGUGUGGUGCGUUCUACAUCAGGCGGCGGGUGGACGGCUCCGAGUACCACGGCGACCCCGUCUACAAGUCCGCUUUGAGGGCAUACAUCCUGAACAGUUUAGCAGCUAACAAUAAUCUGGAAUUCUUCAUCGAAGGUGGACGAACGCGCACUGGAAAACCGCAGCCGCCUAAAGCGGGAAUCCUGUCAGUGAUAUUGGAGGCAUACCUAGAGGGCACCAUAGACGACGCCCUGCUGGUACCGGUUACACUCAACUACGACCGCCUUGUCGACGGCAGCUUCGUGAGGGAACAGCUUGGGAUGCCCAAACAGAUGGAGACUUUCUGGUCAGCCCUGCGAGGCAUCUGGAGGACUUUGAACACUAACCACGGCAGUAUACGGGUCGAUUUCAACCAGCCGAUCUCAUUGAAAGAGCUGGUGACGUCAUUCCAAAAGUACAACUACCUCAAGGCGCCGAUCGAGCGGACGUUGACCCCGCCGAACAACAACCUCGCAGUGAACCUGGACAGACAGAUCCUAUACAACCACAGCCAUUCGAGUCUAUACGGAGCUGACGUCAGCACCGACCACAAGAUGAUGGUCGAGGCCAUCGGCAGACAUCUUGUUUACGACGCGGCCCAAGCGACGGCGCUGAUGUGUACGAACGUGGUGUCGUACGUGCUGCUGACGGAGGAGCGCGCGGGCUGCGGCGUGCGCCAGCUGGGCGCCCGCGUGGCCGCCCGCGCCGCCGCGCUCAGCGGGGCGGGCAGGGACCUGUACGCCGGGGACGCCGGCACCGUGCUCAAGCACGCCUUGGACAUGCUGGGCCGCGGGCUGGUCCGGCGCGAGGGCAGCGGCGACAGGCAGCAGGUGCGCGGCGUGCUGUCCAUCGCGGGUGCGCUGGAGCUGUCGUACUACGCCAACGCCGUCGUGGCGCACUACGCCGCGCCCGCCAUACUCGCAACGGCCCUAGAAAGCAUACUAACCCAGCCGGACGCGGACCAGGAAAUAGUUCGCCACUCUGAACUAAUGGAAGCUGCCCUGCAGCUGUGCAAUGUGGUGAGCCAGGAGUUCAUCCUGUGCCCGCCCUGCCACCGCAUCGAGGAGCGCAUGCUGGACGCCGUCGACACCCUAAUCAAUGACCGGGUCAUUGAAAGAGUACAGGAAGAGGAAGGCAUAGCGGAGCAGCAAUGGGCGCGGCGGUUCGCUAAGACCUUGGAGCUGGAUGAUGAUGAUGAGAUGCCGGACCCCACCAGGAACAUCAAGUAUAAGGUCUGCAAACAACCUGAAGCGUUGGCUGAACGCCGCCGCUUGCUGUUGACGAUCCGUCCGUUGCUGGAAGCAUACGCGGCUACCUGCCGCUGUCUGGAUAGCGGCUCGCAGAAAGAACUCGAGAAGAGGAUCCUUAACACCCUCACUGAGGACUUCACGCAGAACAAGAUGGUUUACGGUGAAGCUGUAUCGACAGAUGCGAUCCGCAACUGCCUGCGUCUGCUGCGACAGUGGGGCGUCAUAGACAUGUACGUGGAGAACCGCGAGCGCAGGAUGCGCCUGCGCACGCCCUACGACAAGCAGGCCGCGCGAGACUACAUAUGCAACAACAUAUACAAGUUUAACAUGACCACGUCACUGCUGCAUUGAAGACUCCACAACUACCCAAGCAUUGGAUUUCAUUGAAAAUAACAGAAUAUAAAAGUUUCAGUGUUAGUGUUGUGAACGUUAACCCUUUCCGUGCGUAGUGCCAAAAAUGUCUUGCACAUACUGGCCGAAUAAAAUUUAUAAUUUUGAUUCUGAAAUUCGUCCACAAUAUGUAAGAGCACAUUUUUAGAAAGAACAUAUAAGUCCACAGCAUUGAAAGGGUUAAAGUGAAGUGAAAAGUGCAACAACCGGUCUGGAACUGGUAAACCGAACUGAUUUCUGGAAGUGAUUAAGGGUGUUACUGUGGACUUCACAGUGGUGAAGAUAAUGACUGUAUUAAAUAUAGACUGUACUACAGUGCAAUGGAUUAAGAAUACCUAAGUUAAGCAUUGGUGCAGAAAAUAAUUCUUAUGACGCGCUUUAUAGACAAAGUCGAGUGAAUUGUAGAAUUGAUGCUCAUUGCAUGAUACAUGCAUAUUGCAAUUUUUCAGUCCUAAUAUUUGUAUGACCAUGAAAUGUGACGAUUUGUCCUCAGAGAAUGCUUUAGAACUGACUGAAAGAGAGGCAUGCUAUGUCCACAUAAGGCCGAGAUUUCCAGACACACUAUUGUGUGUAAACAAUGGGGUAUGGUUUUGAAAAAAUUCGGUCUUACGACAAUAUGGCGAUUUGUUGACACUCAGGCUGUGGUUCGACGGAUUCUUUACCAGUGAAAAGGACUCUCUAGACGUCAAGUUGUGAUAUAGUGUAAGCGAUUCGGGUGUUGAGUCCUUAUGGAGUACAAUAAUUAUCUUUUUAACCUCUAUUUAGUGCUUUGGGAACACUAGUUUUCAUAGUUUUUAUAACCAAAAACAUAGGUUAUGUCUGUCAAUCACUUGUUUGAUUACAACGCCACAAGUGUUCGCGCGCACUCAACGAAGGUCUCUGUAGUCCACAAGUUUUUCUCCUAGUAGAACUUAUCAAUGAAAGCAUUUAGUGAUUUGUUCCUGUAAUAAGAGUAUAAGAAAAACUUGGACGCUACGUUUUUGCAGCUACUUUGGAAUAUAAUAUUCUUUUUUUUUCGUCUACAAUAAGCUGCGCUGUUUACGUUAUGUAUAAUUAUUUAGUUUGACAUCGUACAAGUACUUGAAUGUUUCCUUGUAAUAUGUAUUGUAAUUUACGCACAGUUCUGUUAAAUAUUCAAGUAUUUGAACAAUAAAUGUUGACAUUUAUUUUAAGUCAAAAUAAAAUCUAGAUUUACUGUUAUGUUGUUAGUAUGUAAAGGAUAUCUUUCAUACAUUCUUAUGUUUAUUUUUUAGUAUAUAAACACUGUAUGUAGGUUGGUGUGUAUGAAGGAGAUUGCUCAAAGAUUGGAGCCAAAAAUAUUUGAUAUUUAUACUUCAGCUAUUGAUCUGUGAUCCCAACAACUUAUAAAGUUGAAUUCUUAUAAAACUUUAUGGCUUAUAUGUAUAAGUCGGGAAUUCUUUAACAUAUUUACCUAAACUUUGCGGAAGACCAUAUAUAGAGUUGAUAUUACCGUCCAGAUUAUUGUUAUUUUAAGAAGUCAUGUGAGGUGGUGUACGGUAAUAUCAACUCUAUAUUAUAGAUUAUAGACUAUCGUCAAGUUUAAAUACAUAUGCCCCAGAAUUUCCGAUGUAUACUUAUAUGUACUUAGCAUAAAGUUUUAUAGGAUUUUAUAUUAUGUAUAAUAUGAAUUAGGUCUUAUGUGUCUUGGAAAAAGGUUAUAAUUGAUGUAAUUUAUAGGUACAGUUGACUGAAAGAACCUUUUUGAAAGCCGCACUAAUAGGUGCUUGAAUAGUAAUUUAGAGCUAAGAAAUUAUCGAUUUAAAUUUAAUUGUGGCUUUCAUACGAUAUUUCAGUCAACCGUUGUAAUCAUAUCUUACAAAAUUCUGUUUAGUGAUCUCAUGAUUGCAACUUAAGCGAGAUUUUGUUAAAAAAACUAUAUUUAUCCUCCAUUCUGGAUUUGCAGACUUCUUUGUAAUAAAAUGGGCGUAUUGUAAAAUUAUUCACUGAAAAAUCCGUUCGUUAUUUAAAGAAUAAUUUUAAUCAUGUAAACUGUUGUUUUUUUUAUAAUAAAAAAGCGAUCAUAAAUUAGUUCAAAUAGUUUCUCUAAUGGUAACACUGGAAUUUACUGACUUGGAAAGUGAGUAGACAUGUUACCACUGCAAAAAAUAUAUUACGUUUUAUUUUUUACCAGGCAGAUUUUUUAUAAUGCAUUGGAAUAUAUUUUUUAUUGCCUUUUAUAAAGAAGUCUGAUGAUCCUAAUAUCUAGAAAAUUUAAAAACACUAGUGCUUGGCUGGUUGCGGACUGACUAGCAAUGUCUUUUAUACUAAAAUACUCUCCUAAGUUGACGAAGUUUGUGUAGAGAACACCAUGUAUUUGUUUCGAGGGCGAAAAGGAACAAACACGAUUGAAUAAACCGAUCUUUAUAUUAAA